GACUGGGCGUUCCACAGGCCAAGUGCUCUGUGCUCGGUGGGUGCCAGCCAGGCCUGAGCGAGCGAGCGAGGACAGGCACCGAGGGGGCGCGGCCGCCGGCCGGACGACACAGAGAGUGAGAGGCAGGAGCAGUCCACAGCCGGACAGUCAGCGUAUUGGCAAUGGAGCGCCUGGUCGCCCGCCGCACCUAUCCCCUGUUCGCGCGCACCAGCGCCUGCCGCAGCCUCUUCGGGCCCGUGGACCACGAGGAGCUGAGCCGCGAGCUGCAGAUCCGCCUGGCCGAGCUGAGCGCCGAGGACCAGCGCCGCUGGGACUACAACUUCCAGCAGGACAUGCCACUGCGGGGCCCCGGGCGCCUGCAGUGGACGGAGGUGGACAGCGACUCUGUGCCCGCCUUCUAUCGCGAAACGGUGCAGAUUUCUUCGCCAAGCGCAAGAGACCUGCGCCCGAGGCCAAGGCGUCCAACGAGGUCCCCGCGGGAUGUACCGCGCCCGGCGGCGCUCCAGCCGUGGGCUCGGCGGAGCAAACCCCGCGCAAGCGGCUGCGGUGAGCCUCGCGCCCAAGAGCCCCGAGGGACCGCUGGGCAGCGGACAGGACAGGAGCGCUGGGCCUCGGCUGGGACCGUCCAUGUAGCAGCAACCGGCGGCAGCUGCCAACGGGCAGCGUUCGGUUUUGUGUUUAAAGUUUGAAAACUGUGCAAUGUAUUAAUAACGUCUUUUAUAUCUAAAUGUAUUCUGCACGAGGAGUACACUGGUCCCAAGGUGUAAAGCUUUAAGAGUCAUUUAUAUAAAAUGUUUAAUCUCUGCUGAAACUCAGUGCAAAAAAAUGAAAAAAGAAAAAAAAAAAGGAAAAAAGAAAAAAAACAUGUAUAUUUGUACAAAAAGUUUUUAAAGUUAUACUAACUUAUAUUUUCUAUUUAUGUCGAGGCGUGGGCCGCUCUGCCACGCCGCGGCUCGGUUAUUGGUUAUGCCAAAGGCACAUCAUACGCAUCUGGUUAUCGACAAAUGUAAAUUUAUUUUUAUAGCGGACUCUGGGGGGAGGGGGUCGCUCACAAGCUGUAGCUGCCGUACAAGCCCAUCUAGCUUGCAGUCUCUUCGCGCUUUCGCUGUCUCUUUUAUUAUUAUGAUUAUUUUAAACUUGAAGACAAAUCUGUUAAAAUGGUUCCUGAGCCGUCUGCACCACUGCCCCGGCCCCUCGUCCGCCGGGUUCUAAAUAAAGAGGCCGAAAAAUGCUGCACCUCA